CGGCAGUCAGAGAAGGCGACCUUCAGAGGUCUCUGCAACUCAGCGCCGGCAACAUGCUCGGCAUCUGGUCGUGCUCGUUCCGCAAUGGCUCGAGUACAGCGUCAAGCUGUUUGCCAUCACAGAGCACGUUGUGUGUGAGUUGUUGUAAGUGACUUUGCCCCCCUUGGACUUGGAGAUUCUCCAAGCGUACGCCCCCAUCGCGACCACCUUUUGCUGCAUACAGCUCACCGCAAUGCAUGCUGACUUGUUGGUUUCGUUAACAUGUCGUUGCAGUCCCCGUGUAGUCGUCACGCCCGGGCCAGCGUUAGCACCUGUCAAACGAGCCGCAUCAACGUCGCCACCCUGCUUCCCCUCAAGGGAUCCCCUCUUCCACCCAACCACACGGGUUCGCCACCUUGACGACAGUAUGGGGACCCGGUUCAACGUCGUCGCAAUUGCAGGCCAGUCGUACCAAGCCAUGCGAGUGUCCAACACCGUGCCCGACCAAGGGUUUGUCACACUAUUUGGGGGCGUUGUGAUCGUGCGUGCACUGGUUGGUCUCCUCGUGACUCUUGGGUUUCGCCUUGGGUCGUUCGAUCUGGAUGAAUACAUUGUUCAGCUCUGCCCUGUCUACGUUUCUCCCCUUCCUGUACAUCAAGUCAGGUCGACCGUGUUUCCCAUUGAAAUCACAAGGUGCAAUAUGCCGUUUGGCCUGUCACCAACUGGCGUGUUGCGCACCGCUGGCCUCCCCCCGUCACUGCGCGCCAUGUACCUUGAGUCGAACCCGAUCAACACGCUACAGGACGCCGAGUGGACGUGCUUGGUGCAGUGGUUUGUCGUCAAUUCCACCGAGUCAGUGGACAUGGAAGCGUUCGUGGCCUUGACCGACUUUAUCGAUCUGUCCUUUCGAAGCGGACCUUUGGGGCGGUGGAGUGCGGCGCAGUGGACAACGUUUCAGCGCAUGCCGAACCCGUUUCGGCUGCUGGAUUUGGCCACCAACGGGUUGACCAUCGACCCGUGGCUCCUCGCGCAUUCCCAAGGCGUUCUCGACGUGUCGUCUAACCCGAUUGCCGCGGUGCCCGAGGCGCUGACGCCGCUGCUGACCACGGACGACGUCGUUGUGGACAACACUAUGUACUGCAAUAUGACCAACCAUUCAAUGUUAUGUCAUGCUAGAGCGUGUGCACUGCUAGCACUGCCAGUGGAAUUGGUGGGCAACCGCCGACGUCACUAGGUGUGCUUUAAUGCAGCGUGCGCUUAUGACGGACAUGUCUCCGACGCGUAUGGCUUGGACAAGGCCAAUCAAUGUGUACAUAAAUAGUCGUAAACGAUGUAGCCACCACGGCUUGCAAGGCGCGACACGAUUGCCUUAAGGCACUGCGAAACAACACACUACGCUUAAGUGGAACCUUCGUGACUUGCAUCCGAGGCUCAG